CGUUGACUGUGUUACGAAAUAUGCAGAUGGCAUGUAUGUUUCUACUAUGCCGCCUGCAUGUAGGGUCGCUGGAAACUAAGAUCACUCCUAAAGAGGUCCGGAAUGCUCUUGAAAAUCUACCCGAAGAGGUGAACAGUGCCUACGACGAAACGAUGGACCGGAUCAACAAACUAGACGAGAAACUCCGGAAACUUGCUUUGACGGCUAUCAUGUGUGUCACCUAUGCUCUUGAUCCACUGGGAGGUAAGCAGCUUCAAGAGGCUGUCACACUUUCCUGUGGCGGUCAAGGAAUCAGUAGUGAUGACCUUGUGGACAUAACCACCAUAUUGGGGGUCUGUUCUGGUUUAGUUGUGGUCGAUGAAGAAUGUUCGGUGGCUCGCUUGAUUCAUUACACUGCGCAGGACUACUUCAGUGAAUAUAAGGAAUGGCUAUGCUCAGAUCCUCAAGCUGAACUGACCAACAUCUGCCUAAAAACUUUGUCAUUACCGCCACCUGUUCCCGAUUUCUGGGGGCAAUUCAGUGGGGAAUUGAGCCAUUAUGCUGUGAGAAACUGGGGAGAUCAUGCACGUGGUCUUGUUGAGGAGACAAAUGGGGCCGUCAUACGCGAUUUUCUUCAUUGCGAGCAGAACGUUAAAAGACUGAACUCCUAUGACUCCGUGAUGCAUAUAUGCGCCUUUUGGGGCUUCACUCAAACGAUUGAAUAUGAACUACAAAAUGGAGCUGUUGUAGACCAACGAGACGAUUUUGCGGGUUGUACACCAUCGCAUAUUGCAGCAAUCAGGGGACAUCUAAAGGUAGUGAGCCUGCUGCUCGAUCAAGGCCACGAUGUAAAUUUGCAAGAUAGAAGGGGCAUGACGUCACUCUCGUACGCAGCCGAUUGUGGAAAUGAGGAGAUUGUCAAGCUGUUGCUAGCAAGAGAUGAUGUGAAUGCCGACUCCAAGGACGAAGAGGGCCGGACACCACUCUCGUGCGC